ACCCCCGCCUAAGGGAGCCAAGCUGAGCCAGCAGUAGGCUGGAAUGUGCCUGGACAGGCUCGAAUGAGACCGGGACAGAACUGAUCUGACAAGGGGGCAGAGGUUGGUGCUGGAGUAGUGAGAGGGAACCCGGGCAGGAAGAGCGGUACGAUGUUUCCACUGCUGCUAGCUUUCAUCGCUCUGGCUGGAUACACACUGGCCUCCGCCUGGUUUCUCCGACACCCAUGGGUGCUCCACAGGAGGAAGAGACUGGCGUUCCAAGCCCGGCACAUCUCCCACCGCGGAGGAGCUGGAGAGCGGAUCGAGAACACGAUGGAAGCCUUCCAACAUGCUGCCGAGUGUGGGACAGACAUGCUGGAGUUGGAUUGCUGCCUUACUCGGGACGGGGAGGUGGUUGUGUCCCAUGACACCACCCUCGAGAGGCAGGCCGGCCUCGAGAUCAGAAUCCGGGAUGUCGACUACAAGGAUCUGCCCCCCUACCAGGAGCGGUUGGAAGUUACUUUCUACUCAGGACAACUCAGCACAGGGACAGAUCGACAGAUCCCACGGUUGGAGGAGGUUUUCCAGAACUUUCCAACACUCCCGAUCAAUGUCGAGAUAAAAGAGAAUGACCCACAGCUGAUCCGCAAGGUGUCGGAGCUGGUGAAGAGGUACAAGCGGGAACAGAUCACAGUGUGGGCCACUGAGAGCGAUGACAUCAUGCGGCAGUGUCACAGGGAGAACGCGUUGAUGCCGUGGUCAUUCACCAUGCACCGGGUGCUCUGCCUCCUGCUGGCCUACUGUACCGGGAUCCUCCCAUUCCUGCCCCUCGGUGAGACCUGUCUCGAGUGCCCCAUGUCAUCCAUCGUUGGCAGGUACUACAUGCCCAGGACCGGGCCCCUCAGCUUCCCUCUGCUCCCUCAGAUCCUCGACUGGUUACUGACCCGAAGGAGCCUCAUUAAACACCUGGUGGAAAGAGGGAUUCAGGUUUACUUCUGGACACUCAACGAGGAAUCAGACUAUCGAAGGGCAUUCCUUAUUGGAGCCACUGGAGUGAUGACGGAUUUUCCCAGCAAACUCCGGACAUUUCUGGACCAGAACCCUGACCUCGGUCCCCGUCAGGAAAAUUCUGGAUGAGUUCUGUUCCCCCCUCAUCCAUUCAGAGUCUCAGGCUGGACCCCUCACCUAGUGGUGUGUGGAUAGAAUAAGGCAUGUUUUCCCUCCGUUCCCAACCUCCCUCCCCUCCCCUCCAUUCCCAACUUCCCCUCCCCUCCAUUCCCAACCUCCCUCCCCUCUGUUCCCAACUUCCCUCCCCUCCCCUCCAUUCCCAACCUCCCUCUCCUCCCCUCCAUUCCCAACUUCCCCUCCCCUCCGUUCCCAACCUCCCUCCCCUCUGUUCCCAACUUCCCUCCCCUCCCCUCCAUUACCAACCUCCCUCCCCUCUGUUCCCAACUUCCCUCCUCUCCCCUCCAUUCCCAACCUCCCUCCCCUCCCCUCCAUUCCCAACCUCCCUCCCCUCCGUUCCCAACUUCCCUCCUCUCCCCUCCAUUCCCAACCUCCCUCCCCUCCCCUCCAUUCCCAACUUCCCCUCCCCUACCUCUCCCUCCUCCCCUGUCACUGACCCUUUGCCCACCUCUGCCCCCUUCCACCCUCUCCCCCUCCUCUCCACACUCAGCCCACUUCCCUCCUCCAUUCUCCCCACUCCCUCUGCUUCUGUCACCACUUCCCCUUGUCCUACGUGCUUAGUAAAGUUCAGCGGCCUAUCCUUGUGUUGUGUACAAUCAUUUAUUUCCCCAAAGCACUGGGGUCAUGGAGAUGAGAGGGGACGGGGAGGGCUUUGAUGAUUGUCGAUCACUCAAACACAGACCUUGAAUUGAACAGUACAGGCCCUUCACUGCACAAGGUGCUGCUUAUCCUUUAAACUACUCUAAAAUCAUCCCUCCAUUUUUCCAUCAUCCAUCUUAGAGUCUUUUAAUUGUCCCUAAGUAUUUGCCUCUAUCACCACCCCUGGGAGUGCAUUCCACACACUCUGUGUUAAAAAAACCACCUAUAUCAGACAUCCCACCUCUCCCGGAAGUUCCGGGAGUCUCCCGCAUAUUAAUAGCAGCUCCCUGACGCCUGCAAAUUAUAUACAAUAUCCCAGAAAUGAGAGGGAGAGCGGGAGCAAGAGUGAGCAUCCUGAUUGGUCUACUUAGCACAAAGAGAGACCAAUCAGUCUUCUCUGUGGGCGGCCUUUACAGUUGACCUCUCUCUCCAUCAGUUCAGUUUCGUGUCCUGCACCGCCAUGGCAGAGUGUUUCAAAAAAAGAAAAUAUAAAGCGUACAUCACCCCAGACUACCCUAAAGUGUACCCCUGCCUAAUAGGGGUCAAAAAUAAUGACAGUGUUGCUCGCUGCACUGUUUGCAACAGUGACUUUUCUAUUGCCCUUGGUGGGUUAAGACUGUAACAGACAUGUUGAGGUGAGUUUAACAGGUGUCAUUCGUUCAUUAGCAUAGCUAACGUUAUUUAAACUAGCUGCCUAGCUGCUAAGGAGCUACUCUACUGAUGUCCUACGUGAUGAGGCCAAACUCCCUGGAGACGUGCUUAAAGUUGUAAUAGAAUUAAAAAUGACUCCAUGAUAAUAUAUAAGUACAUACUGUAUUUUAAUGUCACAUUUUCUGCAAAUACCCAGUUUACAGAUUACAGAUUGGUUUACAGAUUAGACAAAAUCACUGAACAAAGUAUUACAUAAGACAAUAUAAUAAGGAUACACCUUGUGCUUUUAUUUCUUUUAGGGACCACAACAUAUUAGGGAGGCUAAUUGCAGGGAAGACUGCUCAAGUAUUUCACAGUCCUUUUCAGCAGAGCCACAUCACAGUACAAGGAAAGUUUGCAAAAGAAAUAGAAAAGCUGUUUGCAUUAGAAACAUAGAAAAUAGGUGCAGGAGUAGGCCAUUCGGCCCUUCGAGCCUGCACCGCCAUUUAUUAUGAUCAUGGCUGAUCAUCCAACUCAGAACCCCACCCCAGCCUUCCCUCCAUACCCCCUGACCCCUGUAGCCACAAGGGCCAUAUCUAACUCCCUCUUAAAUAUAGCCAAUGAACUGGCCUCAACUGUUUCCUGUGGCAGAGAAUUCCACAGAUUCACCACUCUCUGUGUGAAGAAGUUUUUCCUAAUCUCGGUCCUAAAAGGCUUCCCCUUUAUUCUCAAUCUGUGACCCCUCGUUCUGGACUUCCCCAACAUUGGGAACAAUCUUCCUGCAUCUAGCCUGUCCAAUCCCUUUAGGAUUUUAUACGUUUCAAUCAGAUCCCCCCCUCAAUCUUCUAAAUUCCAACGAGUACAAGCCUAGUCAAUCCAGUCUUUCGUCAUAUGAAAGUCCUGCCAUCCCAGGAAUCAAUCUGCUGAACCUUCUUUGUACUCCCUCUAUGGCAAGAAUGUCUUUCCUCAGAUUAGGGGACCAAAACUGCACACAAUACUCCAGGUGUGCUCUCACCAAGGCCUUGUACAACUGCAGUAGUACCUCCCUGCUCCUGUACUCGAAUCCUCUCGCUAUAAAUGCCAGCAUACCAUUCGCCUUUUUCACCGCCUGCUGUACCUGCAUGCCCACUUUCAAUGACUGGUGUAUAAUGACACCCAGGUCUCGUUGCACCUCCCCUUUUCCUAAUCAGCCACCAUCUAGUUAAUAAUCUGUUUUCCUGUUUUUGCCACCAAAGUGGAUAAUCUCACAUUUAUCUACAUUAAAUUGCAUCUGCCAUGAAUUUGCCCACUCACCCAACCUAUUCAAGUCACCCUGUAUCCUCUUAGCAUCGUCCUCACAGCUAACACUGCCGCCCAGCUUUGUGUCAUCCGCAAACUUGGAGAUGCUGCAUUUAAUUCCCUCAUCUAAAUCAUUAAUAUAUAUUGUAAACAACUGGGGUCCCAGCACUGAGCCUUGCGGUACCCCACUAGUCACUGCCUGCCAUUCUGAAAAGGUCCCAUUUAUUCCCACUCUUGGCUUCCUGUCUGCCAACUAAUUCUCUAUCCACAUCAAUACCUUACUCCCAAUACCGUGUGCUUUAAGUUUGCACACUAAUCUCCUGUGUGGGACCUUGUCAAAAGCCUUUUGAAAAUCCAAAUAUACCACAUCCACUGGUUCUCCCCUAUCCACUCUACUAGUUACAUCCUCAAAAAAUUCUAUGAAAUUCGUCAGACAUGAUUUUCCUUUCACAAAUCCAUGCUGACUUUGUCUGAUGAUUUCACCCCUUUCCAAAUGUGCUGUUAUCACAUCUUUGAUAAUUGACUCCAGCAGUUUCCCCACCACCGAUGUUAGGCUAACCGGUCUAUAAUUCCCCGGUUUCUCUCUCCCUCCUUUUUUAAAAAGUGGGGUUACAUUAGCCACCCUCCAAUCCUCAGGAACUAGUCCAGAAUUAGUAUUGAGAUUGUCAACAAAAUACUCAACAAGGAAUAUAUAUAUUGGUGUGUGUGUGUGUGUGUAAAUAGUUUAAAUAUGUGUCAAAUAAAUUGUUGUGUUCUUUCAUAAUCAAAUGUCUCGUAUACAUGCGCCCUUGGAGG